UCCGACAGUGACUUGAAAGUACCACGGCGGUGAAUAAGCUUUUUAUCGGUUGUCGACAUUCGUAUCGAAGACUAGUUUUAAAUUGUUACAGCGGGUGACAGUUAUAUAUAUAUAUAUAUAUAUAUAUAUAUAUAUAUAUAUAUAUAUAAAGAAAAUAUUCUGAAAGUUUGUAAACAAAGUGUAUAUCGUACGUAGAGUUUUUAAUCCCUGCGAUUCUGUCGUUAGAGAAGUGAAAUUCGAGGCCCAGCAAACGGAGCAGCUCGGAAGAAAAAAAGUUUUGUUAUUGUCAUGUGACGUGAUCCGCAUGUGGCGAUAAAGUGUGGCUAAUCUUUCGGCGUAUCUACACCCAGUUAUUUGAUUUCAGCGUACAAGUCCUAUUUUCAAAGCAUGCCUCAACCGAAAUAUAGAAAGAUUGCUGUUUUGGGUUACCGGUCUGUAGGAAAGUCCUCUCUCACCAUUCAGUUUGUGGAAGGGCAGUUUGUAGAUGCAUACGACCCUACAAUCGAAAAUACUUUUAAUAAAAUGGUAUCUGUACAUGGACAAGACUUUAAUCUUCAGCUGGUCGACACUGCUGGACAGGACGAGUACUCAAUUUUCCCACAGUCUCACUCAAUGGACAUUCAUGGUUAUGUUCUGGUGUACUCUGUCACCUCAAUGAAAAGCUUUGAAGUGGUUCAGGUUCUACAUGACAAACUGCUUGACAUGGUUGGAAAAAUACAGGUGCCUACUGUGCUGGUUGGAAAUAAAAAAGACCUUCACAUGGAAAGAGUUAUAAAACCAGAAGAAGGCAAGAAAUUAGCUGAUUCUUGGGGAGCUGCCUUUAUGGAAUCAUCUGCUAAGGAAAACCAGACAGCUGUAGAAGUUUUUAAGCGGAUUAUUUUGGAAAUGGAGAAAGCUGACGGAAACGCCCCGUCUGAGGAGAAGAAAUGUUGUGUGAUGUAGGAGACGGUCUCUUUCAAAAACACACAGCAAGCUGCCUGGCCAAAGUUAAGAGUGACAUCAUCACCAGUCAGCACAAUUGAGUGUGGUGGUGGGACUGCUGUUCUAAACCUCUACCCUACUCCUCACAGCAGACAGGAAGAUUUAUAUAUGAGUUUAUAUGAAAUUGAGAAAAAGCACGAAGAAUGGUAAGCUAUCCCAGAAAAAAAAAUCCCCCAAAAGGAAAAGAAGGAUGUUUAGCCUCAAUUACACUACUGUUCAUUAUCUAUCACAAUACUUAAAAGUGCAUUUAAAGUCAAUUGUUAAAGCCUCCAGUGUUUUAAUUGUACCUCUUAAAAUCCAACUUUGUCACGAUCCUUUUCAUCCAUCAAUCCAUGAUUUAAUGUGCCGAACCAUAUACCUGAUGCAUUUUUGGUGAUGUGAGUGGGCAGGUAUUAUAUCCUUGCCACAGCAAAUAUUGAGGCCUAAAGCAAGUGCGUGUUUUUUUUCCCUCUCCGGGUUAAAUUCUCAUUUUUAUCCACCGUUAUAUUAUUAUUUUUUUAUUUGUCUCUAGAUACGAGUAGAGAUGUGUUUUGUCUUUUUUUUUUUUUUUUUUUUUUUUUUUUUUAAACAGUUGUGUUUGUCAUGUUUGUCUAGUAUAGCUCUGGUUCAUGCUGCGGCAACUGUGUAUGUAGGAUUUGUAAGUAAUGUAGUUAUAUUUGGUGCAGAAAAGUUCAGAGAAAGGCAAAACUUGCCUUGACAAUAUACCAAAGCCAGUGAUCACCAUGAAAACGGCUUUUAAAUAAACACUGACUUUUUUAUGCUCCAGGAAUAAUGUAAUUUUGUUUUUGCUUUUGAGGUGAAGCAGGUAAUCAUAUUUUAUGGGAUGGUAUAUGGUAAAUUUGGGUUUGAUUAGUUGUUAGUUUAGUUUCAAAUCAGGCAUAAACAUUGUACAGCAUAGUCUGAAAAAUUCCAUAUCACUUGAACCUAACCUGCUGAAGUCAUAGAGCCUGAUGCUUAAGACAUUGAAAUGAAUAUUAGUGAUUCAAAUCUCUCCAAGCAUGUAGUUAUCCAUUAAGAAAUACUGCAAAACUAUAGGAGAAAAUUAGUUCAAAGCAGCUGGAAAAUAAGCUAACAAUAAAUAGGUAGUAACAUUAGGUUGCAGUUUUGGGUAGGAAAGAAAAAGCUCUUGUACCCGAGUUUGGAGAGAAAAAAAAAUGCCUGGUCUACAGUUUUUUUUCCAUCCCAAGCUCCUGGUAAACCUGAUUACUUAUUUAUGGCUCAUUUACCUAGAUCAUCUCAUUUUCUACCAGUUGACUGUUGAAAAUGCAUGGAAAGUUUAGAGAAGUAUCCCUUAAUACUCAGACAUCCAAACUCUUUGUGAUAAGUAAAUCUGUAAUAUAAAAACUGUAUUAACAAUCUCCUAUUAAAAUAUCAGUGUUAUAAACUGAAGCAUUUUCCAAGUUGGUAUAUUGUCCAUAGACAUUUCUUAGUAUGUUUCUUAUUUAAUGGUGUCUCACAAAAGUAUUCAAGCUAUUCAUUUCUCAGGUAUGUGGUCUGGGAAAGUCUUCAGCACACUUCUGGUUCUACAAAGCACAUUGUUUACUGGACUAAUUGAAUUGGAUUGGUGUUCAGCAUUUACAGUUUAAGCAUGGUUGGAUUGAUUUAACUAUUAAGUAUUGUGGAAAUCCUACAUAUUAAAAACUAAAAUAUUUUACUUUAAUUCAGAGCUGUUUUUUCCUAUAGUAAGUGACAUGAUUGUGCCCUUGUGAGGUCUUUAUUUUGAUUAGAGGAGAUAACUGAUAUAUUAAGAAAGAGGGGUGAUGCUGUGUUUAAGUGCCUUUACUCCCAAACCACCUUUGGACUGUGGUUAUAUCGAAGCAGAGAGCCUUUUGUCAUGUAUACUUUACGCAGUGUAACAUGAAAGCUCCAUACUCAUUUGGCAUCAGACUACAGUUUUUAUACAUCUUAUUCAGGCUAGUAGCUUGGUGCUUCACUGAUUUACAUGGUCAUGGAUGCACACGUCAAGAGAGGGAUAAAUAUUGCCUGACAAGUUAAUUUAAAACAAUCAUCGUCUUUUAGCAUGGUUAUUUCUGGUAUUCAGUGUGAUGAUAGACAAAGUAUGGUGGCAUACAACUCAACACCUUCAGUUUAACAUUAGAGGGAGGAAAGUCACCAGCAUCCAUUUGGUUAUAAAA